CUCCAUAAAAUUGGACCUUUGCGGAUACCGUAGCAGCUCACCUUGGAGGCGGAGCAACGGAACGGAAGACAAGCGAAAGCGCGAAACACCUUAAGGAGAAGACGAUAGUGAUUAUGUCAGAGUGAUGAAUCAAACAAAGAAAAUGACUGAUCCAGCAAAGUUAAAAAUUGUUCUAGGAGAUGGUGACUCAAUGAAAUUGACACUGCCCUCUGGAAUACCCAAAUCUGUUGAAGAACUUGAAUCUGAGAUUAAGAAGCAAUGUGGUGUCUCAGGACAUUUCAGGCUGCAGUAUCUUGAUGCUGACUUUGAUGAUUUCCUCAUUCUUACCUCAACUGUGGAUCUUCACGACAAAGGAACAGUUAAAGUGGUAGCACAAUGUGCAGCAAGUGCACAUGAUAUCUGUUCUGUUUCUUCAGCAGACACUGAUAUUCUUUCAUCAACUUCAUCUCAGACACCUAGCAUGUCAGUUUCUCCAACACCAUCAAAUGAUUCUUCUGCAGCAGGUUCUGAGACCAUGUCUUCAUCUGCAAAGCUAAGGAGUGAAACCUGGCCAAUUAACUUUCCAAUCCCUGCAUUUCCCUAUGAGGUAGAGCUAGAACUACAGAAAGCCAAUGAAGAAUUCUUGAAUGCUGGUACUUCACUUAACAUAGACUCAAAGCCUAAACUAAAAUCUGAAAUUCUGAAAUCCUUGGCUGCGGAAAUAGUGAAGUACAAAGUGUACCCGAGGUGUGAAGAAUAUGAAGAGGUUGCAAAAGCUCUGAUUAAAAAGCAUCCAAGCCUUCAGGAAAGGGGUUCUGUUGGUGGGUUCUAUGGCUGGAAAGUCAGUCUGCAGUGGAAGAUGGGGAACUAUCGUCGUACUCUGCGAGCAGCAGGUUGUCCCGAAGUAAAGAUAAAUUCUUUAAAACACAAACAUGGUGAAAAUACAAAUACCAAGAAAGUCAAAAAGCCCAGGAAGGCUGAAGUCAAUUUUUAUCCUGAUUAUCCAGCUGGAGAGAACAAACGAAGCCUAGAAGAAGAACGUUUAGCAUUGCUGUCUGAGGUUCAGAAAAAUGACAACUAUCAAAUUAUUAAACAAAAAAUGGAAAAAACAUUUGCUUACAGAAGACAUGAAGUAAUUGAAGAUGUGCCCUUCAUUGUUGACUUCCAAAGCAGAUGGCCUGCUCUGUUUUGUGAAUAUGAGAUUGCUGCUGAGUUCACUCGAAUCAACACCAUCCCACUAAUUCAAACAUUUAUGUCAAAACUGGAUUGUUACACAAGCAAGCUGACCAGCAUCUACCGAAGAAAAGGAGGAGUUGCAGGACGUAAAAUUAGCAAAUUAAUGGCUGCCAUUGACCAGGUAUGUGAUCUGUAUUUAUGA